UCGUCAACCAUGGCGCGGGUACUAGGGACCGUGUGCGUGAUCCUACUCGUAGCGUACGUGAAGGGUGCGCCUCGGUUACUACGAGACGGUUCGGACUGCGAGGUACGCGCGCGCCUACAGUCCGGUUGGGUAUGUGGUGUGCAUCGCGUCGCCAACAACAGGACACACUUCGCUAGCUUCCUGGGUGUGCCGUACGCAGCACAGCCUCUAGGCGAACGUCGUUUUCGUGAGUUGGAGCCUGUGAAGCCAUGGGACGACUUCUUCGAUGCAUCUAAUGAAGGACCUAUUUGUCCCCAACACGAUGUAUUAUACGGUCGUCUAUUGGGCUCUGCCAACAUGAGUGAAGCUUGCAUAUACGCCAAUAUCCACGUACCUAUGGAUGCCCUCCCAGGGUACAAGCCUCCGAGACCAGCUCGAGAACUUCUGCCUCCUUAUGAAGCGGGUCUCUCUGAAAAAGAGGAGGACCCCGGCCUACCAAUCCUAGUUUUUAUUCACGGCGGUGGCUUCGCUUUCGGUUCUGGUGGAACUGGUCUCUAUGGUCCAGAGUAUAUCAUGCAUAAAGACGUGAUUGUCAUCACCUUUAACUACAGGUUAAAUGUCUUUGGUUUCCUCUCCCUGAACUCGUCGAGUAUCCCCGGCAACAACGGCCUGCGUGACAUAGUAACCCUGCUGAGGUGGGUGCAAGCAAACGCCCAGUCAUUUGGCGGAGAUCCUAACGACGUGACGCUGGCGGGGCAAAGCGCCGGAGCCAGCUGUGCACAUCUACUAUCUAUGUCCAAAGCCGCCGAUGGAUUGUUCCAGAGACUGAUAUUGAUGAGCGGCACUGGGAUACCCAGCUUCUUUACAACGUCUCCAGCAUAUGCAGAAGUCGUGGCUAAUUUAUUUUUAUCUAAUCUCGGCAUCAACGCCACCGACCCAGACGACAUACACCGACAGCUGAUAGACACGCCGCUUCAAGAUAUCAUGGAAGCCAAUAAGCAAAUUCAAGAUCAAAUUGGCAUCAUAGCUUUCCUGCCGGUCGUCGAAUCCUCAUUCUCAGGCGUUACCACAAUUUUGGACAACGACCCUGAUGUUUUAUUAUCAAAGGGAAGCGGAAAGAAUAUUCCGUUAAUAGUUGGAUUCACGACAAAAGAAUGCGAAUUAUUUCGGCCAAAUUUCGAAAAAAUGGACAUAUUAAAGCGUAUAAAGGAAAAUCCACUUCUGCUUUUAUCACCGAAUCUUAUUUAUAAAGUGCCGAUAAAGGUUGCGUUGGAUUUGGCACAGAGAGUCGACAAGAGGUAUUUCGAUGGAGCACCGACCAUGGACAAGUAUAUAAAGAGCUGCUCGGAUACUUACUAUGUUUAUCCCGCUAUGAAAUUAGCAGAGAGAAGAGUUUUAAUGCAUGGAGCUCCCGUGUUCUUGUACCAGUACUCUUAUGAACCGGAUUUCAGUGUGAUGAAGGAAUCCAGAGGAUUAGAGUUCAAGGGCGCUACACAUGUAGAAGAUAUGACAUUUGUCUUCCGAGCGAAUGCUAUGGACGGCGUUAAAGGCUUUUCGCCACCCACUCGCAAGGAUGAACUCAUGGCCAACUGGAUGACUAUGUUCGUUAAAAACUUCAUGUAUUGCAAUGAUCCCACUUGCAAUCAACGUCCACUGUCAAACUGGCCAGCGGUCGAGGAGCGAUUGCCCGUCCAGUAUCAGAACAUCGACAUGCCCAUGUUCUUCAGGUUCACGGAGCUGAACGACGAACAGCAGGAUAUGGUGCAGUUCUUCGACAGUUUACAGAACAGGACCAGUUAAAUAUGAGACAUUAUUUUUGUGUUGUGUUAAUUGUGUGCCGUUUGUGAUCGUGUGACUAUUUAUUUCCUAAUUAAGGUCGAGAUUGAACCGUCCACAAUUAUUGGAUUUAACUGUACCUGAAAUAUUUUCUUUUAUAAUUAUUUUUUACAUUAGAUUGCUCCUACUAGGUCAGCGCUCUAAUGAAUAGCAUUUUUUUUAAUUUUAGGAUUAGAUUGUUUAGAUAUAGUUAAUUUAACUUUUAAAUAUAACUUACUGUGUUUUUAAUUAAAUAAAAAAAGGGUUUUUGCGCUAAUUCAUGUAACGAUGACGCUACAGUCCCUCAGACUGAAAAUACGUACUAAGGCCUGUAGACUCUGGAGAGGCUCUAUAUAUAUUUAUUUAUAUCUGUCUUGUAGAUAAUUCAUUCUUAAGUAUAAUAAUGGCCUAAAAAAUUACAGUCAUUUUCAACAAUUUAUGGCACAAAUGUUAAUUUGUUGAUUAAAAAUACUUAUUUUUAUUCCUAUUUAUAUUAAAAUCGUGUUUGAAUUAGACUUGAGUUAUAGAACCUUUAAACAUUCUAAAUUAGAAAAAAAAUUAAGCAUCGGUGACGUCAUAUCCGUAACGUGCUAUAACUGACGAUUCAAGAAUGAUUUCCAAAACGAAACUGUUAAUCUGUUCACUAUUUAGUUUAUUUCUUAUAGUUUCGCUCCAGUGAUGUGGACGCGUUGAUAUGAACGUAUUACUAAGAUUAAGGAGAUUUUCUUUUUGUAGUUUUUACGAUACAAGCUGAUUCUUUUGUGAGCUAUCUGUAAACAGAACCAAUUUUAUAUGACUGAUAAUAGCGUCCUCGGAUGAGAGUAAAAAGCUUAAUCAUACUUUGUUCUGUAAUACAUACAGCAUUAUGAUAUUAUUUUAGUUUACAGCAAGUGUACAAAAUAAUCGGUGACAUUUAUUGAUAAGUUUAGUUUGUAAACAGUUUUUUCCAUAAUGUACUUACGAUUUCUUAAUAAAAUAUUAUGUAUGAAAACUUAAUAAUAAUUUAUUUCAUUUUUGUCAGAAUCUCGUUGUUUGAUUGAAUUAUUUGUAGCUAAGUAUAUCCAUACAUAUAAAUAAAAUUGAAGUGUCUGUUUGUGAUUUUAAAAUAACCGCCUCUUUUAAAGUUAAUAUGGCAAUUUGCGAGUUACCAAAAGCAAAACAAUCAUUUUUUUUUCAUUUUUGUCAGUCUGAUUGUCCAGUUUAAUCUUAUAAACGGGUAAAAAUUACAAAUUGAUAUAACUGAAUUGUUAUAAUAAGUAUUUCAAGAUUCCGUUUGUCUUUAUUUCAUAAAGAUCGGUUAAAUGUAUCAAAAGUUAUAAAAAUAUACGUAUAUGUUGCGGCCAUUAGUCCAUAGAUGGCAGUGUGCUAAAUACGUCAAUUUGUGAAUCGCAGUGUCCAGAUUUUCCGGAGUAGUGUGACCUUCUGCCUUACAUUUUAGCAUUCGAGUUUCGCGGUUUUGUUCAAAUUUUCGUUGUCGUUAUUCUGUCGUCGUUUCGUUUGAUUGUAUUUAUAAUUUUCAUGAAUUUCAUUGUUACAAUUUAAA